AUGAUACCAACAAAAGGUCGCACAGGUUUCAAGCAAUAUUGUCCCAAGAAGCCCCACAAAUGGGGAAUAAAAGUCUGGGCUAGAUGUGGUGUCAGUGGUUUGGUCUAUGAUUUUGAAGUUUAUAGUGGGAAAUGUAAUGACAAAGAAGAAAUGCCAGAACUGCUCAUGGCUGGAAAUGUUGUGCGUCGAUUAUGUGAUACAUUACCACAUAACAUGAAUCAUAAAAUCUAUUUUGACAAUUAUUUCAGUUCAUUGCCCCUUCUUCAACACCUAACCAAAAAGAAAAUCUGGGUUGUUGCAACUGUUAGAAAAGACAGAAUGAAAGGAGCACAACACCAUCUGCAAUCUGAGAAGGAAUUGAAAAGGAAUGGGCGCUGUUCCUCUGACAGUGUUGUGGAAGCAAAUAGUGGUAUAACUGUAGUCAGAUGGAUGGAUAAUGGGAUAGUGCAGCUGAUCUCCAAUUACAUGUCUGGGGAAGAUGGCCCUGCAGCCAGAAGAUGGUGUAAGAAGGAAAGAGAAUAUGUACAGAUUGAACGCCCACUGAUCAUCCAUGAAUAUAAUAUCCACAUGGGUGGAGUAGAUUUGUGCGAUAUGCUUUUAUCUUUGUAUAGUCCCACAGAUCGGUAA